UCCUCACUUCGACCUCAUCUUCAACAAACAGAUAUGGAAAUGGUGUCAGUUUUAAUCACGCUAUUACUUCUCCCUGCCUUCUUCCUCAUCAUUCUAUACAAACUUACAAGCUUUCUUUCCAAAACCGUCCACCGUCUGCCACCAGGACCUCCCGGACUUCCUAUAAUCGGAAACCUGCACCAGCUCGACACCACCAACCUAUCAGACCACCUAUGGCGUCUCUCCAAACGUUAUGGCCCUUUAAUGUCCCUGCGCCUUGGUUUCAUCCAGACCCUCGUUGUUUCCUCUGCUGAAAUGGCCAAACAAGUCUUGAAAACCGAAGAUUUGGUUUUCUGCACGAGGCCUCUGUUCACAGGUACGAAAAAGAUCUCGUACAGCAAUAAAGAUGUAGCUUGGUCACCUUACAAUGAGUAUUGGAGAGAAAUGAGAAAGAUUUGUAACGUUCAUUUGUUCUCUUUGAAACAAGUGAACUCGUUUUGUUUUGUUCGUGAAGACGAAGUAUUCACUAUGAUUGAUACUAUUAAGAUCCGAAUUUCGAUCAAACAAGAAGUGAUCAAUUUAAGUGAAAUUGUGAUGAUUCUGAUGAGUAAUAUUGUUUAUAGGGUAGCUUUUGGGAAGAGGCCAUAUGUUUACGAUAAUGAACAGAAAGAAGUGAGACGAUUUCAUGAGCUUUUGCUAGAGUGUCAAGCUUUGCUUGUUAACUUUUAUUAUAGAGAUUAUUUUCCAUUCAUGGGGUGGCUUGAUAAACUGAAUGGAAGCAUGUCUAGACUCGAAAAGAACUUCAAAGACAUGGAUGAGUGCUAUCAAAAUCUCAUCGAUGAGCAUCUAAAUCGAAACAGGCCAAAUGAAAUGCAAGAAGACAUGGUUGAUAUCUUGCUAAAACUCAAACAAAACUCAGAUUCCUCCAUGGAUCUAACCUUUGAUAACAUCAAAGCUGUGCUCAUGAAUAUCUUGAUAGGUGGGACAGAAACAGGCGCUGCGGUAGUAGUGUGGACGAUGACUUUGCUGAUGAAGAACCCUGAAUGUUUAAAGAAAGUUCAACAAGAACUGAGGAAUGCAAUCGGGGACAAAGGGAAAGUACAUGAAGAUGAUCUUUAUAAGCUCAACUAUCUGAAAGCAGUAAUCAAAGAGACAUAUAGAUUGUACCCAGUUGCACCCCUUUUAGUCCCACGUGAAUCGAGAGAUCGAUGUAUUCUAGAUGGAUACGAGAUACCAAAGAAGACUCUGGUGUACGUGAACGCUUGGGCAGUGGGGAGAGACCGAAAAUGUUGGAAAACCCCCGAAGAGUUCGACCCAGAGAGGUUCAUGGGAAGUAGCGUUGAUUACAAAGGAAGUGAUUUUGAGUUGAUUCCGUUUGGUUCUGGUCGGAGAGGGUGUCCGGGGAUGACGAUGGGAGCUGUGAUGGUGGAGCUGGCUCUAUCGAAUCUUGUUUACUCGUUUGAUUGGGAAGUGCCGGAGGGGAUGAAGGAGAUUACUACUUUGGCAACAGUUGGAACUGUUUCACAUAAGAAGGAUGCGCUUCGAUUGGUGGCUAAAGUUUAUGAUCAUGUUCAUGGCUGCUGCGAGAAUUGACUGGAUUUGAUCAUUGCUGGUCUCUUGUGAAUGUGUGACCUUUUAUGGUGAAUCGUUGUCGCAAGUUCCGAGUCUUUCUUAGUCGUCUCGUCAAUUUAAUUUUCACAGGUGCAAUUGAAUGUUUGAUUUGUAGGAGCAUGCAAUAUAUGUAAAAAUAAAACUGAUGGGAUUAGCUACAAGUUCGUCAUUUGGAGGAGGAAAAAGGUCAAUCAAAUACUACGGUAAAACUUGUGUAUAACGCUUACGUAGAUGUUAUUCUGCAGUGUUUGUCGUUCAAAUCCUGCCUUAUGCAUAGAUAUUAAACCACAUUGAUCAUAGAUCAUAAUAUCAUAUUAAACAAACAAAUCAUAUAUACAUACACACAUUAACCACAUUGACAUCUAAAUGGUAGAAAAUGACAGUGGUGGUUGUGGUGGUAACGGUUGCAUCGAUGGUGCUGGCGGAGGUGGUGUUGGUUGAGGUGGUGACGGUGGUGGUAGUUGCGGAAACCAUGGUUGGUGGUGGUUGCUAAGAAGGUGGUGGUGGUUGAGAAAUUGAAAGAGGGGGUGGUUGAGACGGCAGAGAUGUCAAAGAUGGCAAAGGUGGUUGGUUCUUAAGGUGGCAGUAGUAGUGGUGGAGGGGUAGUAGUGGUGACGGCUAUAGGCUACAGCGGCAACAGACAAAAAUGUUGGUGAUGUAUAAGUGAAAAAUAACGGCAAAAAAAAAAAGGUAAAAGAGUUGUUUUUUUGGGUUACUAUAAAUUAUAAUGUUUUGCAAUGUUCUAUCAGAAUAUUUCAUGUAUUUUAAAAAAAAUGGUAAUUUUUUUAUUUAAUUUUUUUAGGUAAUUAAAGUUCCGAAAAUAAUAAUUAAAAAAAGAAUUUUUUGAUUUUUUCUUUUAUUUUGCAUUUUAAAAUUAUUUUUAGAUUUAGUAUUACGGUCUCAUAAAAUUAGCAUGGUAUCAAAUGAACCUGAACCGUGGUGGCAGAGGUGGUGUUGGUUGAGGUAGUGACGGUGAUGGUAGUUGCACCAACCGUGGUUGGUGGUGGGGGCUGAGGAGGUGGUGGUGGUGGAGGAAUUGAAAGAGGUGGUUGUUGAGAUGGCAGAGGUGUCAAAGAUGGCAAAGGUGGUUAGUUGUUAAGGCGUCGGUAGUAGUGGUGGAGGGGGGUAGCGAUGGUGACGGCUACAGGCUACAGCAGCAACAGACAAAGAUGUUGGUGGUGUAUAGGUAGAAAAGAA